UUCACGUGUAAUAUACGUUUAUAUCACAUACUAUACGAUUACUGGGAUCUGGAUGAGAAUAUGAUCGCGGUCACUUUUGUAUCCGCAGCAUCCGGACAGAUCAUCGAAGUAGCCAGACCUAUUUUCUCGUUACCACGCCUACCAGCUUCGUCGUGGACCAAUCCAGAUAUUCCGGCUAAAUCACAGCUGACGGCAAACUGAUUUCCCUCUCAGCCGGAGAUCUCCUCUCAACAUGGCAGAGCUUCGCCCGCUCACUCACUUUUACGCCGUUCCGCGGCUCUUUCUCCCUUGAGAGCAUUUUUUCUUACUGUCAUGAAAAUCUUCCUAGGUGUAACUUCGAUUUCACUUUCGCUCGUUUGUUCCCCUGUUAAAUUAAAAAUCAAAGUUACAUCUGUUUUAUCUCAUUACGAUUGAAACCGCACUAAAAUAACAUUUAUUACUAGUAAAAAAGUUGCAUUUGUGUAAUAUUAAAGUUAUAUUUGUUAUUGAUUCCACGUUUGAGCGUGCGUUCAAGCAAGUGCGUGUAGUGUAAAGCAUCAAGGGGAGGUAAAGUCAUCAGAUCAAAGUGAACAGUGAACAAGUGAACAGAAGUCAUUUCAAAUUCGUCGUAACGAACGCUAUCAUUGGAAUUCGUUCUACGUCAUUUCUUGACAAUGAAGAAUCUCAAUGGGAAGUUACACGCUACGUAAAUAAAUGUACAUAUGUAGAACGUGCGCUUCCGAGUAGUGUCAUGAGCGCGAUCGACGGCACCGCGUGCGCUCUCGAUAAACUGAAAUCCGCGGAGAGGAAAAUGAUGAACGGUGUCAACACUCACGUCAUCAUGGACGGCGCCAAUUGUUCCAAGCAGCUGAAAUUUGGCGUGGACCGCAUAUUGUCGAACGAGAUCUGCGCGAAGAAAGCGGAUGUACUCAAGCCGCUUCCGAUCCAACUGCCCUCGAUACGUUGCCCCUGCUUCGGGAGUUGCGGAAAGUGCGAAGCUCUCAGAGCGUACACAUCAUUUUCGCACGUCCAUUCAUCGUUACCCGAAGGUAUCACGCCCGUACCUUAUACCGGGAUUAUAGAGAGCCUGGGCACUUUAUAUCGGCCGGCGCCCUUGCGUCCCGUGCCGAGAGCACAAAUUUCCUCGUCCUCGACAAUGAGCUGUCCAGAAAGCAGCACACGCCGGAAGAGAUCGUGGUCCAGAGCCGUGUUCAGUUCGCUGCAGCGGAAAGGGUUGGAGAGGCGAUUUUCUUUGCAAAAGUACAUCACAAAACCUGAUCGACGACAAUUGGCGGCGACUUUAGGCUUAACCGACGCACAGGUUAAGGUUUGGUUCCAAAAUCGUCGGAUGAAAUGGCGACACGCGAGGGAAAGUGAGAACGCUGUUUUAGCCGGUCCGGACUCCACGCAGAAGGACUUUCCUCAAAAAAUGGUAAAACCUAAUGUUAACGAUACGAUCCAGCAGGAGAACGAAGAGGAUGCGGAGAUCGACGUGGAUCUAUAAGAUUUCAGCGCGUGUGCCGAAAAGUGUGACUUUGUUUGCAUGGAACAUUCGAUAUUCUUUCAUCUCUUGGAUAAUGAGAUAAAUAAUAAAUCAAUCUUUAUUAUUUCUUUUUGCUACUUUAAUGAAUGUUAAUGAUAUAAUAAAGAUAUUGUU